UCCGUGAAGCGUCGCUGUGCUCAGCUCAGUCCAGACCUGUGAUUUUCUCUCCCGGAGCUGCACUCUGCGUUGACCGACCGACGCGAAGGCAUCAGGGGAAACAGUCUGCAGAGCCCGCACCCUCCAGUCUCGGAGAUUAUUUGGAAAUCUGGCACGGAGCGCUUCAUCACAAAUAACCAAACCGGCGAGCAGCGCCACGAACUUGUGGAGAUAUUUUGAUUUCUUUACAUUACAGCCAAUAAGGUUCAAGUUCAGAUCCGUCGGAUGCUGUUUGGAAAGCAGAGGGGGGCGAAGCGCAGAGACACAACAUGAUGUCCGGAUUACUGUUUAUAUGAACGACCUUGGGGUUAUAGCUCCUUCUUCUGUCGCUGGAUUAUUUCGUUUUAAAGUGGAAUGGAGAGAAAUCUGAGACUCUCUUCUAGAACCAAGGAAGGUGUGAGAUCUGGUCAAGAAAGCUGCCGGACUGUCAGACCCACACAGGGAUGGGCCUCCUAGCCGGUCAACUCACUAAAACACCACCCUCAGCUGUGUAACACCACCCCGACCAUCGCACCUGUUGUGCUCAGAGACAUGGCUAUGAGUGGGAGUGGAUGACAGUGACUGCAGCAGGAACACAGCUCCCCUCCAGAGAGUAUGGGGUGCGUCAAAUCCAAGAGGAGCGACUCGGUGGCCCAAAAUGCAAACUCCACGGAGAAGGUGGAGGGAAAGAGCAAAGGGACAAAGGGUGAGAAAGCCUACUUAGUUCAUUCAGAGAUGGGUUCACCGGAGAGCUCCAAUCAGGUCAACCCGGUGCUGCUGGAGUACGCCCAGAAGCUAUCAGAAGAGAUCGUGGCCCGGGCCGUGCAGCAGUGGGUGGAGGUAGACCGCCGCUACAGCGACAUCCCCUACAUUGAAUGUGACGUGCCAUGACGGGGGGAGGUGUGUCGCAGUGGAAAGGUGAGGCUGGGACGAGCUGCUCUGACCAUCAUUCAGAGUCACUCCACCUACUUGUGAGGAGGAGUAUGAAUGAGGCGUUAGUAAUUCACAUUUGAGCUCCUUUUGUAUUUGAUUUACAUGGACUGAGACUAAAAAACCUCCUCCAAAGUGACCAGAGUGCUCUGAUCUAUGUUUCUGUGAUUAUUGGUUUCUUAGCCUGAGCCUCACUGACGCACACCAUCUUCAGCUGGAUAUCAUCUUCCUCGGUCCUUAUUUGUCCCCUCUCUCCCUCGCAGUAGGUGCUGGCUCUUCGUGGCUGCCCUCAUAAGAAAUCCUAUCAGAUAUGCCCGGAAUCACAAUGUUCCUCCUUGCCAGUGAAAGUCUACCCCGUCCACUGAUGUUGUCCUGGGGCCAAGAUUCUCUCCUCUUACGGAGGAACUUAUUUAUAGAUCCCUUCAUUUGGUGAAGGCUCUCACUUGAAAACUGGUAUCAGCAGGUCAGAAACACACCCAGCUGUGUGACUCCUUCCGGUCUGACAAAAGGCUCUGUGGGCUCCUAAUGGCCUCCCUGGAGAUCCACGAGGAGCAUUAUCCUCCAGCUCUGCAAUUAGACAGGCUUGGCCGCACCCCUCCUUCCAAACAUGUCCUCAAAACGAGUCCAGGAAAUCCAGGGUACAAAUGAUGCGCUUCCUGCCCUCCAGGAUAUUCUCUGCACACAAGUCGUGCAGUUUGGGAACUUUGACAGGACUUGGAUCGUAUAGGCGGCGAGCGCAAAGAAACCAGGGCACGAGGAGGAUUGACACACUUUCAAGAAACAUUUGGCUCAUCAACAGAAAGAAGAGUGAAUAAAAAACUAGCAGCAGUUUGGGGGAAAUGUUUUAGGGCCUAGUUUCUUUUUUUGUUCGAUUGUUUUUUGGGGGGAUUGUCCACAUCGGGUCAGUGUAUACCUGAGAAAUAUUGCUACCUGCCCUAAAGAAGAAAAAGCACAAAGCCAUGACAUUUAACCUUUUAUCUCUAACAAGAGUGCCAGUGCAUCUGGAAUAAGGUUUAAACCGCCCAAGUCCUUAAUGAUAGUGAGCCAGCUUUAAAGGCUCACUCCUGAACUCCUCUGGCCAUAGUGGUAUCUAUCAUUGUUUGUUUUUGUGUGAGAUGCCAAAUUUGGUAAAUUCUGUCUGCUUUUUCUUACAUAUAGAGGAAUAUAUAGAAAUGCUUUUUUUAAAACCCUCCCAUCUAAUGUCUCUUUCCAGAAAUCAUGACCUUGUUACUCAAAAAUCUAAAAAAAAAAAAAACCCAAAUCUUCUGAUGGUGAGGAAUUUCAUGUAGAAACUAUUUUCUUUCUACAAAGAUUGGAGUUCAGCUGAAGGGGGGUGUCAUUAAUGUAGACGCCUCUCAGUCAACACUUCUGCUCAGUGCUGGAGCCAAAUAAUGAUGCAAGUUUAGGUUUUAUUUGCCAGAUAUCAAUUUGCUGAUUGCUGCUAUUUAAGAGCUGGUUGGUUAUAAACUGAAAUAUUUUGGUGUUGAUUGCAGAGCAUCAGCAGGUUUGGGCUAUUUUUAACCUUGAUAUCAACAUCUGUUUACAUCAUUUGCUUGUGAAAAAGAAAUCACCAAGCUCGAGUGGUAUUUAUGUGUAGACUUAAGUUGCAUUCCAGCCAGGAAUCCUUCAUUCUCCACAGUGUGUAGCUACGGUAGGAAAACAGCCAGGAUAUACAGACUGUAAGUAAAAGUUGGACGUAGUCACUGUGAAGUCAUGAGCUGGUGUUAAUGCAACAGUGAAACUGAGGGACUGGCUAACUUCUUGUGAUUGAUACAUCAUUAGCCAAUGAGCUGUCUCCCGUUAGACUCUAAUGGGUACUGUAAUGUACAAACUGAAUAUCAUGCUGUGUUCAAUAAGACCUGAAACUAGAGACUGAACCCAGAAAGACAUCAGUUGCUGGUUCCUCUUAAAAGGGAGUUUUUCCUUCCCACUGUCACCAAGUGCUCGCUCAGUGUGGGUUGUUUAAUUGUUGGCUUUUAUUUGUAAUGUUUUAGUCUUUAUCUUACAAUAUAAAGCAGCUCAAAGCGACUGUUGUUGUGAUUUGGUGGUGCAAAAAUAAAAUGAAUUGAGCUUUUUUUUUUCUUUGGACCUUUAAACAACCAGUUCUGUAAUUCACUUCCACAUAACCUUUAUUUUUCACAGCUGUAAGCCUCGUCCACCUUUUAUAUACAGUCACUUGUCACAGGUUGUUUUUCUUAAUAAUUUUUUCUUUUGAGGACUGAAUCAUGAUUUCAGGAAAUAAAUGUUGCUGUUGUUGACAGCUCACACUAAAACAGAUGAAUAGCAUCACAGGCCAGAGAGGUCUCACCCAUAUGUACAUUUAUGGGUGAAAUGUCCCUUUAAUAUCCAACAGGUCCCAAGAUAAUUUCAAACAAAUACAUUUUCUGAAAUUAGAGGUUUUUACUUUUCAAAUUAAGUUUCAUACCCGUUGUUAUGAGCCAUUCCAUUUGGAUAAACACAUUACAUAAAAAGGAGUGGAUGUGAACCAACCCCUAAACUGUAAAUAGGUCACUGGCAGCUUGGUGAAUGCUGACAGGUCAGGGUUCUCACUAAAAUCUGAAUUAAAAUGUUUGUUGUGCGUCAAAGUGGCAUCAGACAGGUGUGGUUUAGAGGGAUGGUGCAGCUACAAGCCAGAGCCUCUGAAGCAGAAACCGUUUGUGCACAGGUGUGCUUUAUUGUCCUUAUACACGUACAUGGAAAUUGUGGAAUUUACCCUAAACUGAAGUCAUUACUGCGAGCUGACGCUUAAACUGCCACACAGCUGUUUGCAGAGACAACAGCUUCGAGUAUUGAAGUAAUAAAAUAACUGCAAGGAUGAACCACAAUAGCAGGAACCAACUGCUAAUAAAGCCAUAAAAGUAAGUGGCAGGCAGGGUAUGGUCACCGCUUGCCUUCUCUUCACGUCUCCAGUCUGUGCUGACAUAAAACUGACCAAUAAAAGCAGCAAAUAUACCCACACUGCACUGGGAGGGCUAUCUGAUGCUAUUCGGUGCUUCAAACUGUGCCAGCUUUACAGAAGAGCAGCAGCCUCUUUAAAAACAAAGUUCUGAGCCACAGUUCACAGGUUGAAUUGUUUCUGUGAGUUCAGUGAUGAUGAGCGGCACCAUAUUGGUGCGCUAUGUAACCCAAACACUCCAAAAAUCAAACACAUUAAUCAUAAUGUUCCUGCGUGGGCAGAUUAAUCUCCCUCCAAACAUGUUAUGAGCAAACUGGAGAUUAGAGGUCGUGCUAAUCGGAUGUUUUGCUUCUGAUAAACACAAGAAAAGGCUAAUCUGACUGUUUUCCUAAAAAACUGCUUUCUGUGAAUGAAAGGCUGGCUUAGAAAAACACACACACACAAACACAAGGAGGGCCUGAUAGCCAGAGUUUGAGCUGUUAAUGCAAGUCAAGAUGCACAUUUUCUUUAAAGUUCUCAGGCUGGAGGCUGAGUCAUAGUUUUCAUUUCUGUUUCAUUUCUGCCUCCAAUUCUGUUUCUUAAAGAUACUGCCAGAAAUAUUGAUGUCAGGCUUAACUGCAUUUCCUGUGUUUACACAUUUAUAAAUGUGGGGUCUGCAGGUCAUACAAAAGAAAAGCGUCGAGUUUCACCUUUCACAGAAUUGAGAAAAGAAAAUCUCAGACCCAACGUGAAUACCCGUCUUCAUCCAAACAUGUGUCUUCCAGGUGAUGCUUCCUUUUGGGGAAAAGUGAUUCAUGGUUUUAAAGGUCACUCAUUUUACGCUAUUUGACACCAGCAGGUGUUCCCACAGACAGGCUUUACUCACAAUAAGGACAGAUUCUCUGAGAUGCAGAGUCUGAAGGGCUGUAGUGCCCUGUCGUUGAGUUCAAAUCAAUGCUGGAGCGAAGUGUUAUCAUUUUCUUGAUGCAAUUUUUUGUAUUUAAAGAAGCUCCUUCUGCUGUUCAGUGUUCAAAUAUUACAAAUAUUAAUCUUUAAUUAACAACUAGUUCAGUAUGGAGCACUUUAAUGGCCAUAGAUGGGACUUUUUUCCCAUUUUGAGAGAUGAAUAAGCAAGACAAUAUGUUUUUUUCUUAAAAACAUAAGGAACUUAUGUAAAUGUAAUGAAGUAAAUGUAUUUUUCAAUAGGGUAAGCAGUCUUAAAGUAAAAGAAGGAGACACCCAAGAAGAGGGAACUUAUAGCUGAACACACCAGGUCCAGGGGUAGCUAAUACUGCCAAUUACCUUUAAAUCAGCAUCGACAUAGCCAGAAACACCUGGAUGCCCUCAUUGUCAUCAUAUUUAUACUGAAUUUAGCAGAAAAAAAUACAAGUUUGAAGUACACUGGGAUGCUUGGAGGAAAUUCCUCUAAGAUUCCAGGAGUUUCUCUGAUAAACCUGCUACAUAAGUGAUGAUCAAUCAGUACCUGAUUUGUAAACCAGAAGCUCUUGGUGCACAGAGAGGGAUUCCUCCAAUCAACGGAAAACAAUUACAGGCUCUUCUCUGUGGAUCUUAUCUGUGAGUUCUGGUUUUUCCCACCAUCAAAAAUCAUUCAAAGACAAAUAAAUUCUGCCUCUUGGGCAUUUGUCUAUAAUGUUUAAUUUCCUGUUUAAAUAAAGAUUUUUUUUAAAAGCAUUUCCUACUACAUAAUAAAUAUAACCAAGUAUGCACACAAUACAUGCUAUGAAAAGUCAGGGGUCCCCUGUGCUUUGCAGCCUGGCUUCAAGGUAGAAAAAGCGCUAUGAUGUGUUGAUGGUGCACACAAAAAUAUACAAAAUCGGUGCACAUAAUCGCAUUUUGUGGCUUUAAAAUGUAAUUUUUUCUUGUAUUUGACUCCUGCUGGACUCCACGGUCCCCAACACAAAGGAACUCCAUUGACUUGUUACAAAUAAAGCAAACAGAUGAGACGCUAGACCCAACAGCUCUGCAAGUUUCUGAAAAUGAAAAUAAAAUGUUGCGCCUCCUUUACUUAAAAUCUUUUUUUUUUUAGCUUUCUCUCAUUAUUCCUGAAUUUGUCCACCGUCUCUCAAGUUUGUUUAAAAUUAGUAUUCGAACAUGAUUUAGAAAUGUGCCACUGACUUGACACCAGCCAAGCUGAUUAGUUAAUGCUCAGCAUUGGACACGUAAAUCUGAGGUCAGUAUGAUCUCAUUGGUGCAAUCUCUCUAAUGUACCAGCUUUCCACAGCAGUCUGAGGGACCCACAGAAUAAAAAACAGGUAGAGAAGUUGAGCGAAACACAAGCAGCCCGGGGAACGAUAACUGAAACCAC